AUGCGCGUCCACCUCCGGCUUCCCUCCCCGCUGGGCGUCACGGCUCUCCAUGUCCCAGCCACCGCGAUGGCCGGCACCCUCCUCCCGGACUGGGAUGCGUUCCUGCGCACCCGCGCACGCAUCGUUGACGCGAACACGCCGCUAUCCGAGUUGAGCGUCAAUGGUCUCGUCGAGAUCGAGGUUGUUCCCCGUCUCCGUGGAGGCAAGGGCGGUUUCGGCGCCAACCUCCGUUCGCAGGGUGGGCGGAUGAGCGCAAGCAAAAGCACCAACUUUGAUAGCUGCAAGGACCUGAACGGGCGGCGGCUCGGUACCGUUAAGGAGGCCCAGAAACAAGCCGACCUGAUCGAGAACUGGGACGAGAUGCAGACCAAGGCCAAGGCCGAGGAGCGCUCCAAGCUAGAGGCGCUGGAGCGCAAGCUCGGUGUUAGCUCUAACGCCGAUGUGGGCGAGGUCGACGUUGAGGAGCUGGCGCGCAAGAAGCACAAGUUUGACGACAGCAAGUUCCUCGAGGAAAGCCGUGAGAUCAAGGACAACGUCCGGUCAGCCGUGGGUGCAGCGCUGCUGAAGAAGAGGAAGAAGACGAAGGCGCCUGGCCCAGACGGCAAAGCAUUGGGUGUCAAGGAAGCUGCCAAAGUGGCGCAGAAGAAGGUCGGGGUCAAGACUGCCAGCGCCAAGCUCGCAGCGUAG